AUAAGAAGCCGUCUUUUGCUUCUCUGCUUCUCCGUCGAGGUUACUUUGCGAAUUCUGCAGACUGUGUCUCCCGGAGAUUCCAAUCGCACCAAAUCCGAUUAAAAUUUAGCUAAUUCGAGAUGGUGUAUAUCGUUUCCUGGGAAGAGUUUGUGGAUCGAUCUGUUCAGCUUUUCCGAGCUGAUCCCGAAUCUACUCGGUAUGUCAUGAAGUAUAGACACUGCGACGGCAAGUUGGUUCUCAAGGUUACUGAUAACAAAGAGUGUCUCAAGUUCAAGACAGACCAAGCACAAGAAGCAAAGAAGAUGGAGAAACUGAAUAAUAUAUUCUUCACCCUCAUGGCUAGAGGACCUGAUGUUGAUCUCUCUGAAGUCACCGGUAAAGAACAGAUGGAGACACAGCCUGUGAAGAAAGGAAGAGGAAGAAAGCAAUAAGUCUCAUGAAUAUUUUGUUUCUUUCUUGGUAUCAAGAUUUUGAUCCAUUUUUUUUUGUUGGAUAUUUUGAGAUGGGUUUGUGUCAAAUUGUGAUCGUAGGGUUGUCAAGAUUUGUUCUAACGCUGACUUUGGAUUUAGUAAUUUACAACUUUUUUUUUUGUUA